AUGGCUGCCUGGUGUCCGAUGCUCCCGUUGCGAGUGCGGGGAGUACGGCCCCGUGGGGUGAAGGAAGCUGAAGACACAGUGGCGGAGGUAAAUUAUGCCGUGGCAAUACCAUCACAGCUCUACCACCCCUUCUCGGAGACAGUGUGCCUCCAGCUCAGCAGAACGCAAGAAGUCCCGAUCCACGUGACAGUCCCUCCUCCGGUUGGAACCCCCGAUGAAGUGGCUUUUGUUGUUAUCACAGUCCUGGAAGCCGACUCAGAGCUUCAGAAGAAACAGAAAGUCCUAAUCAAGCAUGCAGACAAGAAGACUUUUAUCCAGACAGACAAACCUGUGUACAAACCUGGACAGACCGUCAAGUUGCGAAUUGUAACCUUGGAUCAGAACUUUAUUGCCAGCAAUGAAACGAGUCUCUUUUUUGCACUGGGAAAUAACUCCUCUCUGCUACUGCCUAUGCAGGACCCCAAAGGGAACCGAAUUGCACAGUGGCUGAACGUUAAACCUGUGGGAGGCAUCGUGGACCUGUCGUUCCCUCUGGCUGCAGAAGCAGCGGUUGGAGAGUACACCAUCAGAUCGCCUGACCGCACGCAUAGCUUCAGGGUAGAGGAGUAUGUGCUGCCCAAGUUCAGUGUCUCCAUCCAGAUGCCUCAGGUGGUCACCGUCUUGGAGGAGAACUUCCGUCUCCACGUCUGCGGCAUGUACACGUACGGGAAACCAGUCCAAGGCAGCGUGAAGGUUGUGGUGUGCCGUAAACACCUCCGCUACAAUCAGAGGUCUUCCAAAGCCAAGCGCAGCAUCUGUAAGGACUACACAGGCGAGACAAACAAGGACGGCUGCUUUGCCACCGAGGUGAAUAUUAAGGUCUACCACCAGAAGCGCGGCGACAGUCACGAUUUCAACCUGGAAGCUGUGGCUUUUCUGAAAGAAAGCGGAACAGGGGUGGAGUUCAACACCACUGAAAACUGCAAGGUCACUUUUGAUAUCACAACUCUCCAGUUCUGGGGGACGAGCUACUACUAUCAGCAAGGAGCUCCCUACUACGGAAACCUGGAACUCAAAAGUGCCAACGGGACACACCUGAAGAACAAGGAGGUGAUUCUUGCAGUCUCCUAUGGUAGCAGAAAGCAGACCAAGACCUACUUCACGGAUGACACUGGGAUGGUCUCUUUCACCUUAGAGACGUCAGCAUGGGGCAACAGCAGUAAAGUUCUGCUACAGGCAAAGACCCAGCCGGAGGACUUGAGCGGUCGAAACCCGCAGCUCCGUGAGGAUAUGCUGCCCUGCGGGGAUGUGCAGCAGGUCACCGUGCACUAUCGUGUCCUGGCCACGGAGCUGGGCAUCCUGGCCACGGAGCUGGGCAAGGCGGCUGCCACCGCUGACUUCUACCACCUGGUUUUAGCCAGAGGAUCCCUCGUGCAUCACGGCCAAACAACAGUACUUCUCGAUCCACCACGAGGUGGAAAGUCAUUUCUCUCCCAAGUGCACAUUGUCACCAAGAUCCCUCCUAAUGUAAGGUCACUGCUACGCAUUGGCACUAACCUGGUGGAGCUGCGGCCUCCCCAGCAGCAAGGCAGAAGAAUUUUUUAUCCAACUCAGUACAGCGGGGCUUUCAGCAUCGCUCUGCCCAUUGACAUCGUUUCACCCAUGGCUACCCUCUUUGUUUACACCGCCUUCCCUGAGGGACAAGUGGCAGCUGACACCUUCAGUCUGAAAGCCUCCAAGUGCUUCAGGAACCACGUGAAGCUUGCCUUCUCGGACACGGUGGUUCUCCCAGGAUCGGCUGUGGGUCUCCAUUUGCAAGCUGCACCAGGCUCCCUGUGCAGCAUCCGUGCUGUCGACCAGAGCGUCCUUCUCCUGAGGCCGGAGGCUGAGCUAUCCCGGGACAGUGUGUACAAUAUGUUCAGCUAUUCCCAGGAGCACCCCAGCACCCUCACAGACCCUUACAGUGACUACUGCACUACCCACAAGAGCCCAGGAGUCAUCGGUUCCCCUCAGACCACCCUUCCGCCAGGAACAAUGUCACCAGUAAUGUACAACAGAUACUCUUAUGCAGUGUCCCAACCAGAUGUUUACGAACUUCUGAAGAAUUCAGGUCUGACGUUUUUAACCAGCCUUAAAAUCAAGUCUCCAAUUGAGUGCCGCACCCAGAGCGCCGUCUACUACGACUACAUGUCUUACGGCGAGCUGGCAGACCUGGACGACUUGGAACCAGAAAUAGAAGCUGCUGUUGAACGUGCUGAGUCAGAGCACGUUGAGCUGGGCAGCGAGGCAGGGCCGGUGCGUACCUGGUUUCCAGAGACAUUCAUCUGGACUCUGGUUCCCAUCAACGAUUUGGGGGCUGCUGAGCUAGCUGUCACAGUCCCUGACAGCAUCACUGACUGGAGAGCCAUGACCUUCUGCACCUCGGAAAGCCAUGGGCUGGGAAUCUCAGAGACCACCAGCCUUCGCAGCUUCAAGCCCUUCUUCGUGGAACUCACUUUGCCCUACUCUGUCUUCCGGGGAGAGUCCUUUCCCCUGAAAGUCAAAGUCUUCAGCUACCUGGAGCAGUGCACGGCGCUCCAGCUUAGCCUGACGGACUCCGGGGAUUUUGAGUUUGUGCAUGCAAAUGUCAGGUUCACUCUUUGUCUGUGUCCUGAUUCAGCCAAAACAUUUUUUUGGGAUCUGAAGGCUACAAAAUUAGGAAAGGUGAACCUCACUGUCACUGCUGAGGUGGUGGAGCAAGAAGAUGUUUGCACUGAGAGUACAGCUGUCGUGCCUGAGUUUGGAGGGAAGGACACGGUGGUUAAAGACCUGCUGGUGAAGGCAGAGGGGCUGCUGGAGGAAAAGACUCACACCUCACUGCUGUGCCCUAAAGGAACCCCAGCUUCAGAGACAAUCACUUUCGCUAUGCCAGAGAACGUGGUCCUUGGGUCGGAGAGAGCCCACAUCUCUUUCUUAGGUGACAUUCUGGGAACAGCACUGGACAACAUAGAUGAACUGCUCCAGAUGUCCAGUGGCUGUGGUGAGCAGAACAUGGUUCAUUUCGCCCCCAACGUCUUCAUCACACGAUACCUUGAAGAAACAGGACAGCUAACUCCAGAAAUCAAACAGAAGGCAAUUAACUACCUGGAAAUUGGAUAUCAGCGGCAGCUCCUGUACAAGCACACGGAUGGCUCAUACAGCGCCUUCGGGGAAGGGAGCGAGCCAGGGAACACCUGGCUUACUGCCCUGGUCCUCAAGACCUUCAGCCAAGCCCGGGACUUCAUCCACAUAGAUGAGCAGAACAUAAAGGAUGCUGCCAGUGCCCUGAUUAAAAGUCAGACUCCAUCUGGCUGCUUCAAGAGUGUGGGGAAGCUCUUCAACAAUGGUCUGAUGGGUGCAGUGGAGGAGGGACUGGGGCUGAGCUCUGCCAUCAUCACAGCGCUCAUCCACUCGGGGAUGCCACGCUCGGACCCAGUUGUAUGGAAAGCCCUGAGAUGUAUAAAGGACCUGGUCAACGCUGAUGCUGACGGCUCCAACCUCUACAGCCUGGCACUGGCCGCAAACGCCUUCGCAGCAGCAGGUGAUAAAGCUCUCAGGCAGAAAAUCCUGCAAAGAUUGGAUAAGGCCGCCAUAAUAUCAGAUAACCAAAUGUUCUGGAGUCAACAGCCCAAACAGGAAGAAGACUCCCCAUACUGGUAUCGGGCUCCAUCUGUUGAUGUGGAAUUGACAUCUAGUAUCCUCAUGGCUCACCUUUCAAAGUCAAGUUUGUCUUCAGAUGAAAUUAGAAAAGCAUCCCAGAUUGUGUCUUGGCUCACCAAGCAGCAAAACCCUUACGGAGGCUUUGCUUCUACCCAGGACACGGUGGUUGCUCUGGAAGCCCUAGCCCUGUACGCAACGAAGACCUUCAGCAAGGAUGGCCCUGAUCUGCAGGCUUCUCUCUCCUCUGAGGGUUUCAGCCAAAACAUCCGAGUAGACAACAGCAAUCGCCUCCUGCUGCAGACAGUGGAGCUGCCAGCCGUUUCCCGAGAUUAUACUGUGCGUGUGCAGGGCCAGGGGUGCCUCUUCCUGCAGGCCAUUCUGCGGUACCACAUCCCUCCACCACGGAGUGACGUCACCUUUGCCGUGUCUGUGCAGACAGAGUGCACUGCACCCAACGCCACCCAGUUCCCCGUCACCGUUCAUGCUCGCUACGCAGGGAAUCGUGUGUCCACCAACAUGGUCCUGAUCCAAGUGGAGCUGCUGUCUGGAUACAGCCCCGUGGCAGGUUCACUGGAAGAGCUAAAGAAAAUGCCUUUAGUGAAGAAAGUUGAAAGCGAAGCUGACCGAGUCAUUCUCUACCUGGAAGAACUGACUAGACAGCCUCACACCUACACUUUGCUGGUGCAGCAGGACAUGCGAGUGAAGGACCCUAAGCCAGCUAAUAUCAAGGUCUACGAUUACUACAUGCCAGGACCAAGGACGGACCCACUCUCUGUCCGUCAGUCCUUCGUGACUCCCGCCAACAGCCACCGCACGGAGAAGGGAAGCAAAGAGAAAACACUUGAAAUUUCCUGCGGAGCAGUUGGCUUCUGA